AUGGAUCCUAAGAUAUUUCUGGCAGAAAAUGUGCUUAAUGAGCGACGUACAGUGACUUAUCGCUCCUUGAGCCGCGCUCUCAAAGUCCAUGCCAACCGUGCCAAACAAGUCCUCUACGAAUUCCAUCGCAACGAAAAUGCAAAGAAGCCGCAAAGCGUUCAUGCAACCUACGUCAUCUCCGGUGUUCAAAACUCAGAGCCCGCGACGGCCAACGGUCAUGCGAACGAAGACGAAGAUGAAGUCAUGCAAAGCAGCCCCUACAUGCCAAGCUCAAUGCCCAAUCAAGAACCGCGUUCCGAUUCCAUGCGCAUCACAUCCAUCAUACUAGCUCGCGAGGAAGACUUGGAUGAUGCAAAGGCCACAUUCAAUUCGAUAUCAACUAUCCAUGUCUACAGCGUUCAAUCCACAGUGCUUCAGGAUUUGAAUGUGCUGACCGACGUGGCCCGUGAAGUUGCGACUGCGAAUGUACAGGAUGACCCGCUAGAGUGUGGAAAGCAAUGGGGUAUGAUACAGAACCGCCACGUCAAGCGGAGGACCGGCACUCGUCCACCCCCACCCCCUGCUGCACCCAAGGCCAGUGCGCCAGCACCGAAGAUCAAACCCGAGCAAACUGUGCCUGCCAAGCGGCCCUUGCAGAGUGAAACUUCAGUCAAAUCGGAAGCAAAGACGGAAGAUUCCAAGCCGCAGCCAUCCUCGGCCAAUGAUGUUCAAUCGUCUGCUAAGUCCACAGCUUCGGCACCUAAGCGUGAGAAGGGUAAUCUCUUUAGUUCCUUUGCAAAGGCCAAGCCGAAGAAAUCCCCAGCACCUGCUGCGCCAGCUCCUAGUGCCACACCGGAUGGUGAGUCGGGCCAAUCACGACCGAAAGACGUUGGCUCACAGUUCACAGUUGUCCUGGACGAUGCUUCAGAUGAAGAGCAGGAAGAGCUAUUCCCCGAUACCGGCGGUAAAUCCGAGAAAUCAGCUGCCGAAGCCCGUCAGACCAAGAAAGAGCGCGAAGAAAAGCUCAAACAGAUGAUGGAAACCGACGAUGCGGACGGUUUGUUUACAUUCAUAUCCAGAAUCACCGUGCAUUUCGCUGACAAUUCUAUAGAUGAAGAAAUGCCGGAUGCUGAUGGCGAGUCAGAGCCAGAGCCAGAACGAGAGCAGACACCCGUAGACCCGCCGCUGCCGUCCAAGCCCAUGGAGCUAAAGGAAGAGGCCAGCGUACAGGGUGGGCGCCGACGAGGCAAGCGGCAAGUCAUGAAGAAGCGCACGGUCAAGGACGAAGAAGGCUAUCUAGGUAAGUUUCUGGUUCUGAGGUCUGAUCUCGGCACGAUCUAA